GGAACUGCUGAGAAUAAGGAAGGCCUCUGAUCUUGGUAUUAAUACAAAGUCAUUUUAAAAUAUGCAAUGUCUUAUUAAAGAUUAGCAUUCUGUAUUAACUUUCACCUAUUCCCUUAAUAUUAUAUCUUUUUAUAUAUCUCGUGAUCAAAGUUGGUGUCAUUCCGAGACAAUUUCAACAUUGUAUAUUUUCUCAUAUACCUACGAACCAUCCCUAACAAGAAAUAUCAGGUUUUAACCAUCAGAAAUGGAAGGUAAUGACGUAUUUUCAGACGACGAAUCAACAGUGAUGUUGAAAACCUCAAGCUUGCCGAAGAUGGAUUUUAAGAAAAAAAGAGUUUCUCAGUCAACAAGCGUUGAUAAUUUAUCUGUAUAUCAAAGAAGUUCGGGUAAGCGAAGGAGGUCUCGGUCAACUUCUGGAAAUCCUCAGAUGAGACAUGCGCAGAGUUUAGACCUACAUAGUGAGCAAAGUUUAACAAAACAGAAGAAAACUAGCUCGAAAUUUGCAAAAAUUUUCAAUCUUGGUCAAAGUGAAAUUUUGGAAAAUGAAUAUGUACCGGUAUCGAUGUUUCGACGUAAAUCAAGAGAUUCGACAGUUUCGGAAGAUAGCGAUAUUAUUUACGAGGAUGAGGAGAAGAGUAACAGUCUUCCGAAUAAUUUGAAGGAAGGAAGAAUAUUAUCUCCGCUGCAAAGGUUCGCCUCCCUAACUUCACCGUUUAUUGGUCGAAAAUCGGACCCAAACAAUCUCCAAUCGAAAGAAGAAAGAAAACAGACACAUUCUGAUAUGUUGCUCGCUAUCCAACUCAACGACUGUAAAAGACUAAAGACCUUACUACGACGACUUCUUGUAGAUUUUGACAAAAAGGAAAAGUUUCUUUUAAUGAACGAAGCUGCGUAUAAAGGCUGCACAAAAUGUUUAAAGACAUUAACCCGAAACGGUUAUUCGGUUUAUUUAUCCGAUGAAAACGGAUGGACGCCAUUGCAUACAGCGAUAUUUUCAAAAGAGUUAAAUGCUGUGAAAUUUUUUGUUCAGAACAACGCGCCUAUUAACAAGCCUUCAAAGGAUGGGUGGUCUCCUUUACAUUUAGCAGUUUAUGUUGGCGAUUUGUAUAUAACACACGAAAUAAUCAUCGGCGGUGGAGACCCGUUGCUAAGUGUCAAUGGAGAUGUGACUCCGUUUCAGCUAUCUAUAAAUUACGAACGCAUUUUAAUUCUGGAUUAUUUUCUACAACUUCCCAUGUUUUUAGUAAAUUGAUAUAUUUCGACAGGCUCCUUGUCAGAAUUUCUCACGCCGAUUUUAAUGGCGUUAAUAUUUGGAGAUAAAUAGCUAGAUAGUUCCAUAUUUAUAAGAUUUUAAACAACGCAACCUCGAUCCCAGGUCCCAUUGUCUCUUUUCUACAUAUCGGACGGUGGCCUAUUGUCAGAACUAUCAAUAAGCACAGUGCCCAUGAGAAACAAAAAGUCCUGAGAACGAGGUUGUAAAUAACGCUAAUAAGACACGCUCGUCGUAAUGACAGGCGUCGCUAAGAGUGACGCGACUUUGUACCUGCAGAAUCGUAGUGUUAAUUUAAACGACUUACUGCUAACAUUUUAACUUAACGAUAAAAAUAUAGCUAGUAUAAUUUUCCACAUGGAAUUUUCUUUUACUUCUAGUCGAGAAGUGUGAAUAACGUGUACGUAAUAAUAGAUGAUGAAAUUUAUAUAAUAUAUUACCUUAACCAUAA